AUGCAACGGGUUACUACUGGCGUAGGGUAUCUCGUGAAUCAGUUUGGGACCGCUGCUACCAUCAAUAGUAAUAAGUCUAUCUGGCUGGGGAGUCGUUGUUAUCGUCGUUCUAGUUCACUAUUAGAUCUAGUGACUUUGGGUUCUAGUACUGGUACUAGUCGGGUGCUGCAUCGCCAGCGUGCUUCAUAUUCUUCUUAUUGUUCUGUAUUAAGCAAAAGAGGCUUUUCUACUACCCUUCGUUAUAGUCAGGGAUACCUGGCUGAGGGCUCGAUCAAAAUGGGUGACUCUGAGCCUGUGACUACUGCUACUGCUACUGCUACUGCUACCACUAGUAAACCUAUCAGAUAUGUUGAUAUUGGAAUCAACCUGAGUGAUCCCGUUUUCUCGGGUAGCUACCAUGGCAAACAGGUUCACGACAAUGACCUGGACGACAUUGUACAACGUGCAAAGGACAUCGGGUGCCAGAAAUUCAUGGUGACUGGCUCUGACCUAAAGGAGUCUCGGCGGGCGAUUCAACUUGCACAUGACUACCCUGGAUUUUGCUAUGCAACUGUUGGUGUCCACCCUUGUCAGGCGAAGAUGUUCGAUGAAUACCCCGGUGGUCCUUCCAAAAUGCUAGACGAGCUCAGGACGCUCGCAUUGCAGUCGAAGGAGAAUGGACAGGCUGUCGCGUUCGGUGAAAUCGGCCUGGAUUAUGAUCGCUUGUUCCUGAGUGCGAAAGAACCUCAGCUGAAGUACUUUGAAGCCCAGUUGGAUCUUGCUGUGGAAAUCCAACUUCCUCUUUUCCUUCAUUCUCGUGCUGCUAGUGAGGAUUUCGAGAGAUUGUUGGGGCCGCGACUUGCCAAGCUUCCUAAGAGAGGACUUGUGCAUAGUUUUACAGGGACCCUGGAAGAGAUGGAGCGGAUGGUUGCUCUUGGACUUGACAUCGGCGUGAACGGCUGCAGUCUGAAGACAGAGGAGAACCUCGAAGUGGUGAAGGCCAUCCCACUGGAGAGACUUCAGAUCGAGACAGACGGCCCUUGGUGCGAAAUUCGUCCUUCCCAUGCCUCGUCGAAAUACCUCAAGGGUGCGCCGGAAUUGCCAAAGGCCGUCAAGAAGGAAAGGUGGCAGAAGGGUCUCAUGGUCAAGGGUCGCAAUGAGCCUGCCGCGAUAGCCCAUGUCGCCUACGUCAUCGCCCAGAUCAAGGGAGUGACCGUUGAAGAGGUCUGCGAAGCCCCCUCCAUGACUUCCGGCUACCCGCUGAAGAAUAUUCACUGUCUAGGUUUAUUAUAG